GUUUUGGGCACUACCCGCGUCCCGUUUAGAAGUCAAACGCUAGAUCGAGCGUCGUGGAACUGAACACGCUUCUUUCAGCUGAUUAAAUUUGAGACUGAAUAGGCUAUAUAAAGAUUUUUGGUGUAAAGCUAGACAAAGCUGACGGUGUUUUUGAGCUGUUUUUUUUCCAUGUCCUGAAACUGUAAGGAACAUACUGUCCCAAUUCUCUUAUCUUUAUUCCUUAGGUUGUUGUAACAAAAUAUUAUUGAUAUCGAUCGGCGUGGAUUUUCGUGUAUUACCUGCGUGAACGAUGUCGCCUAUCUACUGAGUCAUUCGACUGCUAAACGUUGGCCAUGGUCGGAAUGGAGUGAGAACAGUGUCUGUUGGACCAAUUUGUCCACCGGUCUCGGUCUUAUCCUCCGUCCCACGCUCGGUGGCCACACAAUGACUCUUGGUGUGUCCGCUACCGGGAACUCCGCAGAGGUUUGCUUCUGCUCUUGCUGCGGGGCGAAGAUUAUGCCCUACUUCUCUGACAACGCUGUCGUGUCUCAAAACAAGAUCAACCAGCUCAUCAGUGAGAGCUUCUUGACUGUUAAAGGUGCCGCCCUCUUCCUGCCCCGGGGAAAUGGCUCCUCCCCUUCCUCUGACUCUCGCAUCAGCCAGAGAAGCAAACACACAGGUGACCUCCAGCAGCACCUGCAGGUCAUGUUCACCGUGUUGCGUCCCGAGGACAACAUCCGCCUGGCGGUGCGUCUGGAGAGCGCCUACCCCCAGAGCACGCGCUACAUGGUGGUGGUCUCCACCAAUGGGAGACAGGAUACAGAGGAGAGCGUGGUGCUCGGGGUAGACUUUGCCACCUCUGAUUGCUCGUGUUCUGUUGGCUUGGUUCUGCCUCUCUGGAGUGACACUCUGAUACACUUGGAUGGAGAUGGGGGCUUCAGUGUGUCCACUGUCAACAGGGUCCAUGUCUUCAAGCCUGUCUCCGUGCAGGCUAUGUGGUCGGCCCUGCAGUCGCUCCACAAGGCGUGCGAGGUGGCACGUUGCCAGAACUACUACCCCGGCAGUUUGUUCCUGACGUGGGUGAGCUACUACCAGAGCAGCGUGUCGUCUGACCAGCUGUGCAUCAACGAAUGGAACGCCAUGCAGGAUGUCCAGUCCCACCGCGCUGACUCUCCCGUCCUCUUCACCGAUGUGCCCACUGAGAGGGAACGCACAGAGAGGCUCAUCAAGACACGCCUCAGGGAGAUCAUGAUGCAGAAAGACCUGGAGAAUGUCACGUCCAAGGAGAUCCGCACCGAGCUGGAGAUGCAGAUGGGGUGCAACCUGCGGGAGUUCAAGGAGUUCAUCGACAACGAGAUGAUCGUCAUCCUGGGCCAGAUGGACAGUCCCACCAAGAUCUUUGACCACGUCUUCCUGGGGUCAGAGUGGAAUGCAUCCAACCUGGAGGAGCUGCAGAACAGCGGGGUGCGCUACAUCCUGAACGUAACUCGUGAGAUCGACAACUUCUUCCCGGGCCUGUUCGAGUACCACAACAUCCGCGUGUACGACGAGGAGGCCACCAACCUGCUGGAGUACUGGAACGACACCUUCAAGUUCAUCUCCAAGGCCAAGAAAGCGGGUGCCAAGUGUCUGGUCCACUGUAAGAUGGGCGUGAGCCGCUCCGCCUCCACCGUGAUCGCCUACGCCAUGAAGGAGUACGGCUGGGACCUGGACACGGCCUUCGACUACGUCAAGGAGCGCCGUGCCGUCACCAAGCCCAACCCCUCCUUCAUGAGGCAGCUGGAGGAGUACCAGGGCAUCCUGCUGGCCAGCAAACAGAGACACAACAAACUGUGGCGCUCCCGCUCCGACAGCGACCUAUCAGAGCGGCACCAGCGGUUUUGCAAGCCCGCCCCCGAUGCGCUGGGCCACUCCCACCCCGAGAACAACAACAACAACGCCCCGCCCUCCCUGCAUCACUUCCUGGGCGCGGCCGUGUUGCAGGCCUUAAGGGCCGACCCACAGGAUUCCAGCUCGCCGCCCUCAGACACGCCCUCAGACGCUGCGGAACGCGCACACGCGCGCGCCCGCUUGCACGCCUCCUGCCCGCCUGUCUCCAACGGUCACGGGGAGCUCCGGGGGCGUGUCCGCUCUCAGGACCCCGUCCUCCCUCCCCGGCCCAGGCCUCGGGCGGCCACGGUAGUGCCUGAGGAGAGGCGAGACACUGCCUCCCUGAAGGCAACCCUGGCCCUGCCCCUGGUCACCCCUCACCCUCCUCGGGACCUCCACAUCCUGCCCCCCUCCACCCAGACGCCUCCAAGGCCCGCCAGCCCCCCCCCGCCUGAGCACAAGGGCCUCCCCGCGGGGCUGUCCCUGGAUCUGCCCGACCCCAGCAGCUCAGAGGAGACGUCCAGCGAAGCGGAGACGCCAGCUAGCUCUCUGUCAGAGCUGGUCAGCGACAGGCUGGACAGUACCGGGUUUGUCCCCAUGGCGGUCAGUCCUCUCAGCCCUACAGCCACGCCCCUCGAGGGCCCCUUCCCCAGCAACGACCACAACAACAACAACAACCCCAGCAGCCCGGCCCAGGCAGGCGGCCUCCUGGACAGCCCCACAGACGGCUCUUCCAGCCUCAGCACCGACAGCAUCGACUUCGUCAGCGCCAGAGAGAAGUUCCUGGGCCUGUCCCAGGACGACAGGACGCGCUCACUAUCUGAACAGGGUCCUCAGCGGACAGCGCCGUCCUCGGAGGAGCCCAGUCCAGAGGAGGACCCUGAGCAGGGGAAGAUCUCUCCUCAUGCUGAAGGCGGUGUGGACAGACCCACCCAGGACAAAUCCUCACACCUUCAUCUUAAUCACAGUCAUCUCCAUGACAACGGAGUGUCUGUCCGCCACAUCGUCACGGAGAUCGAGUCCAUAUCCCACCCGCCCCCCCGCAGCCCCCAGCAGCCUCGCCCGGACCACGGGGAAGAGGACCAGGAGACGGGCGAGGUCACACGGGGGUCGCUGACCCCUCCCUCCUACCCACAAUCCCCCUCCACCCCGCCCCCGGACUGGCCGGUGGGCUCGGUGCGCCGGGUGACCAAGCAGCUGGAGCGAAGGCUGAGGCAGGAACUGGACGCGCCGGCACUUCCUGCCCAGCGCUCGCCUGAGCAGCCCCCUCCCCAAUCCCUGCUGUGCCCAGCAGGAGGCGACCUGCGCUCUCCUCUGCCCUCCCCCAGUGCCGAGGCGCCCCCGCCGGCCCGCUCGCCCCCGCCGUUCCCCAGCGUCCCUGCUCACACACCCAACACGGACUGCCCGUCCAGCCUCCGUGCCAACUGCCCCGACCUCCUCCUCCUCCCCUGCCCCUCUCAGCCCACUCUGCCCAUCUCCACCGGAGCCACCCAUGGCACUCAGCCGUGCCCCAGCCAGCCGUCUCCCCCCAGAGAUGGAGAGGCGUCGGACACAGACUCCAAGAGAGGCCUGAGCGGCUUCUCAGACAUGGACACCCUCCCUGAUCCUCACCCGGAGCCUUCGCCCGUCAUCCUCCGGCCAUCCCUGGAUCCCCACCCCAAGCCCCUGGCCUCCCCAGGGGCCCUGCUGUGGCUGGAGGGGGUGACGUUCCUGGACUCUGAGACUGACCCGGACCCUCCCUGCGACCCCCUGGCCAGACUGGCACCCAGCAGCCGAGAGCUGGAGAGGAUCCAGGAGACUCUGAGGGAGCUGCAGGCCUUCCUCUACGAGGCUGGGGGUCAGGCGGGGGUCGCGGAGAGCCUGGAGCAGGACUUGGUGCAGGCCGAAAGGGCCCAGGCGAUGGGGCCGGACACUGAGCGGGAGCUGGGUCAGGGUCCUGGUCCGAGGCGGCCCCCCAGGGAGACCCCGGUGUGGCAGAGAGCCAUGGAGAUCGAGGCUCGGAUCCGCCAGGCGGGCCUCACGCCCCCCUCCCUGAUGAAGCGCUCCGCCUCCCUGGCCAAGCUGGACUGCCUGGAGCUCUCCACCAACGACCUGAGCGACUGGGAGCUCUGCCCCGCCCCUUACAUCCACCCCUGCUCCUCUGUAGCCCCUCAGGACCCCCCCUCCGUGACCCACCCCCACCCCAGCCCCGACGACGUGUGGAAGAAGCAGCGCGUGCUCUCCCGGAGCCCCCCCCGCAGCCUCAGGGGCCAGACUGUCAGGGCCGGGGGGGGGGGGGGCGGUGCAGCACCAGGGGGGGUUCCCUCACCCUCCCUCGCCCGUCCCCGACUCCUCUCAACCCUCUCCCCCCCCUCCCCAGCAGGGGGAAGGGGGGGAGGGAGGCUCCUCGCAGACCUCCCGUAGCGCCCCGGCGCCCGCCGUGAUGUCAGGGGGGCGCCAGCAGGGGAAGGGCCACCCGCCGCGGAGACUCCGCAAGGCCGCCGGCAAGAAACGCACUAACACUGCGCUCUACAACACCAUGUGACCUCACGGGCGCUAGCCUCUCUGCGUGUGUGUGUGUUUGAGAGCACGUUCACACGUGCAUGUGUUAUAUAUGCCCUAUAAUUAGGACUGCCUUGUAGUCACCUAGUGUAGUUAGAAGUGUUUGAUGGACGUAUCCCUGGAUGUUUGUAUUCCAAGCCUGUGGGUGUGAGUAUAAAUGUGGUCAUGUGUGUUAAGAUGAAUGGGUAAUACUGGAUGCUACGUAAGUAUACUGGAGUCACAUACUGUGUGUAUAUGUUUGUGUGUUCCGUCGUUCACCCCCCCCACACAGACACACAACCUGUUUAUGGUUUCUAAACAUUGUUUUAAGGUCAAAUGAGAGGGUUGUUUUCUGUAAACAUGCACUUUACUCUCUCGUUUAGAUUUGGUUUGUUUUCUGUUUUUAAAAUUCUUUUUUUAUUCAUAAAAUUCAUAUUGUUUGUACCCAGGGAGUGUUUUCUUUUGCACUGAAUCUUAGUUAGGCUGUCUGUCUGUGUGUAUAUACAGUAUACAUAUAUAGAUAUAUAUGUGUGUGUGUGUUCUGUUUUGUACAGAACUGUAAAGUUUUAUGUCCUUAUUCUUGUUCUGAACUGGACGAACAUAUGAUUUUUUAAUUCUGUGGUUAAGCUGUGACUGUUGAAUGAACUAAAUGGCAUACCUCCUGACUUGUAGGUGUAUGUGUUCAUUCUAAUAUACUGAAGACACUCA